AUGCGUACAGUGUCGCCCAGUGUGACGUUCUCAGGAUUCACAGGCGCCCGCGAGCCCACCCUGCAGGGAUCUUCGAAAGAUGGCUUCCUGUCGUCUUCCGAGCAGCUGUGGCUCUCAGGCUGGCCCAAGCCUGUGGCCUGUGUGUCCUCCAUCGUCAGGGACCCCUCUCAGGACGGGCUGCACCGAGGGUGGAACGGCGGGCUUCCAGGGACAAUUCGAAGUCAUGUCGAUGCAGAUACCUCAGUAUACACUGCUCAGUUAAGAGACCACGACCCGAGACAUUGUUUUAAAGGGGUGAAAAAGCCUCCACUCAAGUGGCCCAGGAGCGUGAUCCAGGAAGAUGAACACACAGAACCAUCUUCUGCGUUACUGGAAAAUUCAGUGGAAACUAGUGUGGGGAAAGCAGUCAAGCCCGCGCGGAGCGAUUGUGAGGGGCUCUGCUGGAAUUUGGCAGCGCGGAGGCUUGGAGAGCAGCCCCAUGCUGGCUCCCAUUCAGCCGGCCCGUUUUCCUCGAGCUUUGGAAGUUUCACUCAGCCGUGCACUCAAUGGCUUCACAAAGCUGAUUACAAGCUUCAGCGCAUUCCUGAAGGAGCCAAAAGCGACGCAGGUGCAAACGAGCCGAGGGAGCCCCUUAUCCCGGUGACAGAAUGGGACAAGCUGGGAAAGGCUUGGACCACACAAAUCCAAGGCUCACCAGGCAGCAGAAAGCCUGCCUUGGGAACCGGGGGUCAUUAUCCGCCCUAUUCAGCGGGGCCUGGGGACCCUGGGGGCCCAGCGAGGCCAGCACGGGCGGGAGCACCUCCGCCAGCGCGCGCCGCCGACGGGGGCGGGGAGGGGGGGGUGCCCCGCUGGGCGCUGCGGCCAGGCCAAGGCUCCGAGCGCUGGGCCGUGCGUUUGCACCGCCUGCGUCCGUGAAACCCGUUUUCGGGCAGGCAGAUGUCAACCCUAGUGGGGACACAGGUAAAGGAGCGUGCCAAGAGGCCACGCGGCGCGUGGGCAGUGCGCAACUUCUGUCGGGGUCCAGGCCGCACGGCCACGUCUCAGCCGGGGUCCCCAGGCCAGCGACACCCAGCUCCGCGGUCGCUCUGCUGCCUUUCUCCGAAGCCCACCUUUCCCGAUGAUCCCCUCUCCCGCGUGGCAGCUCAGGCCCGCGGAGAGCGACCCCGGGUGGGACAGUGGCCGCACGCGUGGAGUGGGGAUGGCGGGUCAUGCAGCCAUGGUCUAAGAGCGCUCGACGUGGUCGAGGACGCUUUCGCUGCGAUUUGAUUCCGCGGCGAGGGCGAAGGGCAGUUUCCUUCCGACUGAUUCACCAAGUCUCCUCGCACUCAAGAACCGCAAAGUUGGGACUGCGGGCGCCAGAAAGAAACGGGCGGCGUCUCGCGGAGCGCGCGGGGGAAGAGGGACUUCGGGAGCGAGACUCGGGGCAUGGGGGCGGUGCA